GGAGGCGGGUGGGAUUCUAUUCGUAUGUAUAAAGUCGAGACGAGAAAUUCAAGGAAAGGGCUCUAUGGAUAGGCGUUAGUGUAACCAUAUCUUCUCGCCGAAAGCAACAAGUCUGGAUGUGAAUACAUAUUCUGGAAUAACCAUUACUUUUUCAAACCGGGUAGAGUAAUGAGAUAAAAAAAAAUUGAUAUACGUUUUGCUAUUGGUUUAGUUUGGCUGUUUUGUGUCGUUUCCUAGCGUGCUUAUUUGUUCAGCUUACUCAAAAUGAGUAAAAAAAACAACAAUGUAUGACGCAUACUGCUGAUUAGACGAACGAAGACCAUGCUCAUCGAUCAUUUAGCGCUUGAAUCGGUGGACUGACGAGCUCACCAUCGUUUACCUGGUGUGGCGGAGGAGCACUUCGCUUCAAAACAGUGAAGUUUUCUUUUAUCAAAAAAUAUAUAGAUAUUUUCCCCUGACCCGAUAUUUUUUGGGGGACCAAAAUACAACAUGGCAGAACACGAGAGUCUGGAGUUUGGAAAGGCUGACUUUGUUCUUCUGGACAGCGUUUCUUUGGAGGAAUUCAUGGCUAACCUAAAGCUCAGAUUGGACCCGUGUGUUUAGGACUGAGACUGACUAAUGUAUGAGUGGUUUCCAAGCACCGGAGGUGCUUGAGUGCUUGCUGCUCAUUUUGACAGGUUUGAGAAGGGCCGUAUCUACACCUACAUCGGCGAGGUGGUGGUGUCGGUUAACCCUUACCGCGCCAUGAACAUCUACGGCCGAGACACCAUCGAGCAGUACAAGGGCCGGGAGUUGUACGAGCGACCACCACAUCUCUUCGCCAUCGCAGACGCAGCCUACAAAGCCAUGAAAAGGAGGAACAAGGACACCUGUAUUGUCAUCUCAGGGGAGAGUGGAGCCGGAAAGACGGAAGCCAGCAAAUACAUCAUGCAAUACAUCGCUGCUAUAACAAACCCCGGCCAAAGAGCUGAGGUCGAAAGGGUGAAAAACAUGCUGCUGAAAUCCAACUGCGUCCUGGAGGCCUUUGGCAACGCCAAGACCAACCGCAACGACAACUCCAGUCGCUUCGGCAAGUACAUGGACAUCAACUUCGACUUCAAGGGCGAUCCCAUCGGGGGACACAUCAACAACUACCUGCUGGAGAAGUCCAGAGUCAUCUUCCAGCAGGAGGGGGAGAGAAGCUUUCACUCAUUCUACCAGAUGGUUAAAGGGGGUUCUGAGUCCCUCUUGCGUUCCCUCCACGUCUCGAAGGACCCCACAGCCUACAGCUACAUCAAAGUAGGAGGCCAGGUCAAGUCAUCCAUUAACGACGGUGCUGAUUUCAAAGCUGUGGCGGAUGCCAUGAAGGUGAUCGGCUUCACACCAGAUGAAAUCCAGACUGUUUACAAGGUCCUGGCCACUAUCCUGCACCUGGGGAACCUGACGUUUGGUGUGGACGGCGACACUACGCUGAUUGAGAACUCCAAGGUGGUGGCGGUGAUCGGGGUCCUGCUGGCCACUAAGGAGGAGAAUGUGGGAAAGGCCCUGCUCUACCGCACCGUUGCCACCGGCCGUGACGUCAUCGACAAGCAGCACACGACCCAGGAGGCCAGUUACGGCCGGGAUGCCUUGGCCAAGGCUAUGUACGAAAGAAUGUUCUGUUGGAUCGUGGGAAGGAUCAAUGAUGUCAUUGAAGUGAAGAACUAUGACGCCAAAGUCCACGGGAAGAACACGGUCAUUGGAGUGCUGGACAUCUACGGCUUUGAGAUCUUUCAGAACAACAGCUUUGAGCAGUUCUGUAUCAACUAUUGCAACGAGAAGCUGCAGCAGCUCUUCAUUCAGCUUGUGCUGAGGCAGGAACAGGAAGAGUACCAGCGCGAGGGAAUCCCCUGGAAACACAUUGACUACUUCAACAACCAGAUCAUUGUGGACCUGGUGGAGCUGCAACACAAGGGCAUCUUCUCUGUGCUGGACGAGGCCUGUAUGACCGUGGGCAAAGUCACCGACGAGGUCUUCUUACAGGGACUCAACAGCAAGCUGGCCAAGCACGCCCACUACACCAGCCGCAAGCUCUCCCCGACAGACAAGAGUUUGGAGUUUGACAGAGAUUUCCGUAUCCGGCACUAUGCAGGGGAUGUCGUGUACUCUGUGGUUGGCUUCAUCGACAAGAACAAGGACACUCUCUUCCAGGACUUCAAAAGGCUACUGUACAACAGCUCCAACCCAGUGCUGAAGAUGAUGUGGCCGGAGGGCAAGCUGAGUAUCACUGAGGUCACCAAACGACCCCUAACGGCCGCCACCCUCUUUAAGAACUCCAUGAUCGCAUUGGUGGAGAACCUGGCAUGCAAGGAGCCCUACUAUGUGCGCUGCAUCAAGCCCAACGACGUCAAGUCGCCCCUGCUGUUCGAGUACGAGCGUUGUCGCCACCAGGUCGAGUACCUGGGCCUACUGGAGAACGUUCGUGUGCGCCGCGCCGGAUUCGCCAACCGCCAGGAGUACCCCCGCUUCCUCCAGAGGUACAAGAUGAUCUCGGAGUUCACGUGGCCCAAUCACGACCUCCCGUCGGACAAAGAGGCAGUGAAGAGGCUGGUGCAGGGCUGCGGCUUCGAGCACGACGUGGCCUACGGCAAGACCAAGGUGUUCGUCCGCACGCCGCGCACCCUCUUCUGCCUGGAGGAGCAGAGGGACGAAAUGGUUGGGAGAAUAGUCCUCUUCCUUCAGAAGGUAUGGCGCGGUACCAUAGCCAGGAUGCGUUACCGGCGCAUGCGAGCCGCCCUCAUCAUCCUGCGGGCCUACCAGCACUACAAGGUCAAGUCCUACAUCAAGGAUGUCAACCGCAAAUUCAAGAACGUGCGCUCCAUGAAGGACCAUGGCAAGCACGUCAAGUGGCCCACGCCGCCCAAAGUCCUGCGGAAGUUUGAAGAGGCGCUGCGGAGCAUCUACAACAGGUGGUGGGCGUGGACUCUGAUCAAAGACCUGACACCAGAGGAGAAGCUGCAGAUCAGGGCCAAGGUGGCCACCCUGGAGGCCCUCAAGGGCCAGAGACCUGACCUGGGGCUGCAAAGGACCUGGGAGGGCAACUACCUGAAGCGAGACAGUCCUGACACAGCGUCCUCCUUCACCUUGGUGUCCUGUGAGUUGCAGCGUAAGGACAAGUUCAUGAGAGUGCUCUUCUCCUGCAACGUGCGCAAGAUCAACCGUUUCCACAAGGCAGAGGACCGGGCCGUCCUCAUCACAGACCGCCACCUAUACAAGAUGGACCCCCUCAAGCAGUACAAGCCCAUGAAGAGCAUCCCCCUCUACAAUGUGACGGGGGUGAGUGUGUCCCCAGGUAAGGAUCAGCUGGUGGUGUUCCACACUAAGGACAGCAGGGACCUAGUGGUGUGUCUACAGGGCAUGGUGCCUGCUGGGGACAGCCGCAUCGGAGAGCUGGUGGGCACCCUUCUCAGCCACUUCAAAAGUGAGAAGAGGAAGCUGCAGGUGAAUAUCGCCAGUCCCAUCCAGUGCAGUAUGAAUGGCAGGAAGUGCACUGUCAUUGUGGAGCCCAAGAUCAACCAAUCGCAGCCAGACUUCACCAAGAGCCGCUCCGGUUAUAUCCUGGCAGUGCCUGGAAACUAAAAGGGCCACUCGGUCUGUGACAAGGACAAGUGACGAUGAGGUGUCAAAUGAGGAAUAUGUGAAUCAUAACUCUGUUUGUAUAGAGCUCAUUUGUGAACUAGAUGGCAUGAUAUGAUACAUGGGAGUGUAGAACUCUCAGAAUGAAAGCCAUGCCAAAUUUGUAACUCUGAUUAGAUAUUUAUUUGACGUAACUCAAUGUUUUUCAAUAGGACAUGUAAGACGUUUAAUACAUACACAUGUGUUUAGUUAAUUAGACAGACUCACACACAUGCACAACAUUAAUUCACCAAAGAGUAGAUUUUUUCCCCUCACUUUUCGAUAUCAAGUUGAGUUCACAUGUACAACCGAGCUGUUUUGUCGGGGCGUCGAUCAUUAUAUGUUACGCUAGGUUUGGUUAAUCAUGAUUAGUGUCACAUUAUCCGGCAUUUCAUUUGAGUAGAAUAUCUUGUUCAGAGAUGUAUAUUCUCACGGCUACAGUGCCUUCAGAAAAUAUUCAUACCCCUUGACUUAUUCCACAUUAUGUUGUGUUACAGCCUGAAUUCAAAAAGUGAUUAAAUAGAUUUGUUUUCUGACCCAUCUACACAAAAUACCCCCAUAAUGGAAACAUUUGAAAUGUUAGCAAAUGUAUUUCAUUUUCAAUACAGAAAUAAAAUUUUACAUAGGUAUUCACACCCCUGAAUCAAGGCAUGUU